UAGUGAUAGUACUGCUGAGCUGUUUUUCUGCACGUUUUUACUGUAGUUAAAGUGUAAAGUCUUUAAUAUUCAGCGUAUUAGUGUAACCUUAACCUAUUAAAGUGUCUUUUAAACCAAGUUUUAGUCGAUGAGUCUGACAGUUAGCCACCUGUACUUGUGUUCACUUCCCAGGAAGUCUUGUUUGGAUGUUAUCAGCUGCAGCGAGCCAACUAUCUGUAACACUGGACUGGUUUAUUAGGUGAAGUAUAGCCUCCUCUCUCUGCCAGGAUGCUCCUCAUCGUCCUGGUAUUCAGCCUGUCUCUGGUUGUAACAGGACAGGAGGCGGACAACGACUGGAUAGACCCGAAUGACAUGAUCAACUACGAUUCAAGCACCAAAAGCAUGAAGAAGCCUGCAGAGCCAACAAACUAUGACGAUGUGCCAGCCAAGAGAAGGGAGUACACUCAUGACUCAAGCCAGGUGGAGCUGACGUCCUGCAGGACACAAGUGGAUCUAAAGAGACAGAUUGAAGACCUAAAGAAGAGAAUCACUCUCAUCUCACAGCAGCCUACAUGCAACCCAGUUUUCAAACGCUUCCUUACCAGACUCCGGAAAGAAAUACAAAGAGUUGGUUUGCCCAGUGACUCCGCGGACGUCUUCUACGAUGCCAAAAUCAGACUGUCCUCACGAGCCAUGGCAGAGAUUGAGUCACUUCUGGAGGGUGACGACAGCUGGAGAACAGGAGCUCUGGACAACGCCAUCAGUCAGAUACUGGUAGAUAUCAGACCACAUGACUACGAAGCCUGGAAGUGGCGUUUUGAAGACACCUUUGGCGUGGAGCUUGACACAAUAUUUAAAAUGAUGCUCUUUGUUCUGAUCAUAGUGGCCAUCAUAUGCACUCAGCUCUGGUCAACGGUGUCCUGGUUCGUGCAGUUCAGUCGACUAUUUGCUGUUUGCUUCUUCGUCAGUAUUAUCUGGAACUGGCUUUAUCUGUACAAGAUUGCCUUUGCUGAUCACCAAAGCCGCCUAGCAAAGAUGGAUGGCAUCAAUGAAAAAUGCACUGGAAUGAAGAAAAUUGACUGGAGUGAUAGCUUGAAAGAGUGGUACAGAAGCACCUGGACUCUUCAAGAUGACCCUUGUAAGAAAUACUAUGAAAUCAUCUUGGUCGACCCCAUUCUGCUGGUACCUCCAACAAAGGCGAUCGCAGUUACCAUCACAACCUUCUUCACAGAGCCACUAAAGCACGUUGGACAGGGGAUCAGUGAGUUUCUUGUAGCCCUCCUCAAAGAUCUACCAAUCACCCUGCAGAUCCCAGUUCUCCUCACUAUUGUGCUCGCCAUAGUGGUAUGCAUGUACGGAGGCGUGCAAGCAGUCUUCCAGCAUGGCAUCGCUGCUCCUUUCCGCCGCCCUCCACAGUUGGGCGCACCACCACCACAACAAGUCCCAAGGCAACGAGCCAAAGGUGGCAGAUUAGACAGGAACCAGGUUCGUCGGAGGCAGCCCAACAGACUCUGA